CAAAUGUCAGCGUCAAAUGUGACAGAUUCUCUCUGCUAUAUUGUUGAUUGUUUGGUGUUGUGAAUCAUUGCUUCUGAAAUUUUUUGGUGUUUUUGUCCAUUUAACUUCCAAAUCCCACGUAUUCCAGAAAUUUCUCUAUUAAUUGUGAAAUUUGCUAAAAGAAAUUUUAAACCAGAAUAGUGAGAAUCCUUGUUCAGGAUGGAGGCAGCUCCUCGCCUGCCCAUGCUCAGUUUUGACCUACUUACAAGUCCCGAAGUAGUUUCAUUUGGAAAGAAACUGAAACCAUAUAUUGCUGGCUUUUACAAUGAGGACCCUGAGAGCUACAUUACGGAAAUUAAUAAGCUCGAUUCACUAAGAAUAAGUGCAAUGCAUCCUAGUAAGGACAUUAACGGCUUACAGGUGCUAAAAAAGUACUAUUGCCAAUUGAACUUUUUAAAAUCCAGAUUUCCCAUGGAGGCUUCAGAUCCUUGCUAUAUAGAAUUUUCAUGGAAAGACUAUCAAAAUACUCUAGUUUCCGGCAGUAUUACACUUGAACUAGGAGUAGUAUUGUUUAAUAUUGGAGUGAUGCACACUAUACUGGGAUCAAGUGAUUCAAGAUCAAAUCCGGAGGGAAUGAAAUUGGCAUGUUCACACUUUCAAUGUGCCGUUUGGGCUUUUCAGACAGUGAAGGAAAAGUAUGCAACAACCUUAGCCUACAUAAUUCCAAUGGAAAUCCCUCAUUUUUAUAAACAAGUCUGCUUAGCUCAGGCCCAGGAAUGCAUACUGGAAAAAAGCAUGCUGGAUAACAGAAAAUCAACAAUAAUUUCAAAAGUAGCUAUUCAGGUGUGGGAAUACUAUCGACAAUCACUGACCGGUCUCAAAUUGAUUACCGACGACAUAAUCAAUGGAAACACUUGCAAAGAUUGGCCUAAAUAUAUCCAAUUCAAGAUUGCGUACCACAGGUGCAUUUCUUUGCUGUUUCAAGGGCAACAGGCCGAAGAGUUACAGAAAAUGGGUGAACGAGUUGCUUUUUAUCAGGCUGCUUCUGAUAACUUACAGGAAGCUUAUAAGUUUUUAAGCAGUAAGCAACAAAAGGAACUAGCCGACGCACUAGCUUUUACGGUAGACGUAGUCGAAGGUAAAAAGAAAGCAGCCAUAAAUGAAAACGAGUAUAUUUACCACGAGGAGGUACCCAAGCUCGAGCAUUUACAAGAAGCAAAAGGAGCGUCAUUGGUUAAAGGGAUCGAAUUUAGUAUUUCAGAUCCAGAAGUCUCUGGUCCAGACAUAUUCUCCAGACUGAUACCGAUGGAGGCACACGAAGCGGCAUCAAUUUACAGCGAGAAAAAAGCGGAAGUCUUAAGACAAAUCGGCCAACGCGUGGAAGCAAAAGAUCAAGCAUUAGUGGAGUUUAUGUCUUCCCUACAGUUGGACAUGCUCUCGAAAAUGCACCAAGCCACGGGAAUCCCACAGGAACUUAUCGACAGGGCUGCUUCCUUAUCAGCAAAACCGUCCGCUAUUCAAGACCUGAUUGAUUCAAUGGCGAAGUUAUCCAACAUUUAUCACGACGUGAAGGAUAAUUUAAGUGAGAUUGAUGAAUUGCUGCAGGAAGAAGAACAAAAUGAAAAGAAUUAUCAGGAAAUAAUGGGAAAGAGACCGGCUAGCAUUAUAACAACGGAUCUGGCACGUGAAGCCUCUAAAUAUAAAGAAGCCCAUGCCAAAGCGCAAGAGUCUAAUGAAACUUUGAGUAAAGCGAUGGUUACUCAUUUGGAGAAUUUGAAGAUAUUACAGAGACCUAUAAGGGAGUUACAACAAAAGUUGCCCAGCGUGGAAUUGCCUGACCCAAGCAUCGACGAAGCCGCCCUUCAAGAACUAGACAAACUCAAUGCAAAAGUGGACGAAAUGAAGUCCCAAAGGGGCAUGUUAUGGGCCCAGAUUAGGGACGCGAUUCAUAACGACGACAUUACCAGCGCUUUGGUCACGAAACAACCGAACCAAUCUUUGGAGGAUGUAUUUCGGACUCAGUUAGAGAAACACGGACAUAUGAUCGAACUCCUAGACCAAAACCUCGUGGCGCAAGACAACAUCAAAAAAGCGUUCGUAGAAUGUUACGCGAAAUCCGUAGGAACGCGCCGUUACAUAUCGGAGAUUAUCCAGAAAAGAAACUCGACCAUCCAGGCUUUGAUCGCGUCGCACGAUUCCUACGACGAUCUUUUAGCUAAAGCCUUGAAGGGUGUGGAGUUUUAUACCAAAUUAGAAGCAAACGUUUCUAAACUUUUGCAAAGGAUUAAGGGGGCCAUCAAGGUUCAGCAAGAGGAAAGGGAGCAGAUGUUAGCGAAAAGUGUAUCGAAGCAAGAAGAAGUGCGUGCGGUUAAUCCUGUUGUUUCUUCUACGGCAACAGCUCCGAAGCUUCGGGAUUAUUUGGAAGCGAGAAAGAAGGCUGGUUCUGCUUAUACUGCUGGAUAUAAUUAUAGUGGUGCACCUACAAAACUGGACUCCCAAAAUUGGCCACCAGGGGUGCGACCUGCCCCUCUAGGCUCAGAAAUCAACACAGACCCCGCACUAAGACUUACGAACGAAGCGGCUUCCACCAACUCCUUCUAUCAGCAAAAAUAUCCAUCUGCAGAUCCCUCCGUGGUUUACAACUACAACAACGAAAUGUCCCAGUUGAAUAACCGAAUGAGCAACUUGUUGUCGAAACCUGAACCGGUUUCCAGUCAGUGUCAAUACUCUUACAGUAGCUACAUUCCACAAAACUAUACACCUUCGUCGUACAGUAACACGUCACAGCACUACAGUGACGUCCAAACCAUACAUAGUCCAAUAAGUCAAGAUGUUAGCAAAGCGGCCACUAACACAACCAAUUCUUACCAAACUAUUUCAAGUUAUAUGCCGAAUAGUGGCCAAGGGAGUGACACGAUGACCCAUAUGCAAUACCCUGAUGAUACCCUUAAAUCUGGACAGUACCCUGGGGUAUAUCAAGCACCCGUAAAUAACCAGGCAGCAUCUCAGUUUAAUCAGUACCAACCAGCAAAUAAUGCGAAUAUACAGUAUCCACAGUACCAAGUUUCUUACGGCCAAUAUACUCAGCAGCCCAGUAGUGCCUUAAGUUAUAGUGCGACUGGCUAUAAUACCUCGUCAAGUGGAAAUUAUGGAUUGAAUAGUCAAAGUUCCCAAUCGUAUGGAUCUACAGCAACCCAAUUGGGGAAUAUUUCAAGUAAUGCGACGCAGAUUCCUUCGGUAGAUGCGAGACUUUCUACUCAUCAGAUUGGUGGUAAUCAGGAGGUCAACUCUGGAAGUCACAGUUUAGGUAAAUCACAGAACACCAAUACCACUCCUGCCACCUAUCAAGCUACUAGUCAAUAUUCAGGUGCAGAAUACUCGAUGCAAAUACAACAGCAGAGCAAUAAAAUGGGCCAAAAUUACUAUCCAGUGGGAUACGCACCUAAUUAUACCAAUCCGGUAGAUGGUGCUUCCCCAAACAUGACCGGAAUGAAUCAAUAUAACCAACAGUACUAUAAUAAUCAGCAUGCUUCGUCUGUAGCAUCCGCUACCACCAAUUACAAUCCAAGUUAUUAUUCAACUUACUCCGCUCCCACUGUAGACCCUUACAAAGGACAACCGGGUGAAUCGGGUAAUUCUUAUAAUAUGUCUACUGGGGUUCCUCCUAGCUCGGCGGCAUCUACAGUGAAUUAUUCAGCCGCAGUAACGAACUCCUUAAGUUCCAACUAUAAUCCGUAUGGAAGCGUUUAUGGUUACUCGCAGCCGAAUUAUGCCUCUACCACAUCAACUAAUUCGUAUACGUAUCCAACCAGUACGUCACAUGUGGCCAAUAGCACCGUGCCUUUAGUUAAACCUACCGCUUCUAAGGAGUCGAAUAUUGACUUGCUUACCGGUCUUGACUUCUCAGCAUCGAGCAACAUUCCCACCCUUACACCUCAACCGAACAUAAUACCCGAAGCGGUUAAAGAACCCGAAAAAAAGCCGGUUAUCGAUAUUAAACCCGUUCAAGUAACGCAGAAAUUAGAGGAGAGACCCUUGGUACCGCCACAAGAAACCGUCAGGAUUUUACCCAGUAAACCAUUAAACAACGCCGAGGUGAAACACCUGUUCAAGCAAGAAGUAGAUAAAUUCGAAAAGUACGUCGAGAGUUUGUCCAGUCACACGCUAAGCGGACCCACUGCCUUAGACCUCAAAUGGAAGGAAAUCCAAGAGAGUCAAGAACCGGACGGCCAAAAGCGAAUUAUAUCGGUGGCAAGGUGCUAUCACUCGAAAAAUCGUUUUCCUGAUAUUUUACCCUACGAUUACACCAGGGUUGAACUGAAAACCACCGGAGAUGAUUAUAUUAAUGCGUCCUUUAUUAACCAAGUUUCAGCUUACGGACCUCAAUUUAUAGUGACGCAGGCUCCCUUAGGAAACACCCUCGGUGAUUUUUGGGCUAUGGUCCGAGAACAGCGAGUCGAGUUGAUUUUUUGUGUUUUGAGUGAUGCUGAGAUGGGCAGUGAUAUAUACUGGCCAAAUGAAAAAGGGCAAAACCUGACUAUACUAAAUCAAAACAUGGUUUUAUCCUUGCAAAGCGUCGUGGUAAAACCCCACUGGACCGAGCGACUGAUCCAACUAACCCUACCAGAAAAAAAAGAAUCCUGGACAGUGAUGCAUUUACAAUUCACUUCUUGGCCUGGAAGCUUAUUUCCAACGUCUCCCGAACCGUUCUUAAGCUACGUCCUGGAGCUUAUAAGUCUGUUUCAACAGCAAAAAGUGAUUUCUCACCCGUUAUUGGUCCAUUGUUCUUCCGGUAUAGGACGUAGCGGUUUAACCUGUUUAUUGGCCAACGCUAUAUUGGAAGCGACCAAUCAAACUACGUGCAUUCCAGAUUUGGCCAUGAUGACCAUCAAGUUGGAUAACUAUAGGAGGAAUAUCUUGAGAGAUCGGGAACAUUUGAAGUUCGCUUACGAGGCUUUACUGUGCUAUAUGAAACAGAUUCUUUUGCAGGAUGCACUGAAGAAGAAGCUUAGCGAAGUCGUACCCAAGGAGGAAUCGAAAUCAGGUCCCAUCCAAGACAUGCAGGAGAACAUCAUCGAUCCCUUAAGUGCUCUGGACCCGUUUUGGGCCAGCAAAAAGUAGUUUUGCCCGUAUCAUAAUAAAUUAAUAGACCUGUAAAGUAUUGUAUAAACAUACAUUUUAAAACCGCACUGUUAUAUCUUGUUAUUUAGUUAGUUUAGCGUAUUUUACCUUUUUAAUCUGAAAGUUAGUAGCCACUUAACUAACGUUUAUAUUACGUAAUAAAGGUUUGAAUAAAUAAAUACAUAUUUGCAUUGGA